AUGCCGCAGUGGCUUCUGAGUCUCCUGCUCUCUCCCCUGCCGCGCGCCGGCGCACCCUCCGCCGGCAUGUCCCAGUGCUUGCCUUGGGAGAGCUCCAUUCAGGAUUUCAAGGUGGGGAACCUUCUGGGCAAGGGCUCCUUUGCAGGAGUCUACAGAGCGGUAUCCCUGAAAACAGGCCUAGAAGUGGCCAUCAAAAUGAUUGACAAGAAGGCCAUGCACAAAGUUGGAAUGGUGCAAAGAGUUCAAAAUGAAGUGAAGAUACAUUGUCAGCUAAAACAUCCUUCUGUACUUGAGCUGUUUAACUACUUUGAAGAUAGUAACUAUGUGUACCUGAUAUUGGAGAUGUGCCAUAAUGGAGAAAUGAGCAGAUAUUUAAAGAACAGAAAGAACCGUUUCUCUGAAGAAGAAGUUCAGCACUUCAUGCAUCAGAUUAUUAAAGGGAUGCUAUAUCUUCAUUCCCAUGGAAUAUUACACCGGGACCUCACACUUUCUAAUCUCUUACUCACCAACAAUAUGAACAUCAAGAUAGCUGAUUUUGGACUCGCAACCCAACUGAAAAUGCCUCAUGAAAAGCAUUACACAAUGUGUGGGACUCCUAAUUACAUUUCUCCAGAAAUAGCCACGAGAAGCGCACAUGGACUUGAAUCUGAUGUCUGGUCUUUGGGGUGUAUGUUCUUUACUCUUCUGGCUGGAAAGCCACCUUUCGAUACCGACACGGUAAAGAACACCUUGAACAAAGUGGUGUUGGCAGAUUAUGAAAUGCCAGUGUUUUUGUCAGAAGAGGCUCAAGAUCUUAUUCAUCAAUUACUCCGCAAAAAUCCAGCAGAUCGUUUAAGCCUUUCAGCUGUAUUGGAUCAUCCUUUUAUGUCCAAGUGUAAGUCAGCAAGAAGUAAAGGUUUGAGAAAUGUAGAAGAUUCAAUAGAUAGUGGAAAUUCCACCAUUUCUACAGCUUUUACCAUUUCUCCCAGCGUCAGUACAAGUAGCUGCUUAAAAGAAAAGAAAAGACUUUUAGUUGGGCAGCCACUUCCCAACAAAAUGACAAUUCCUCCUAAAAAUAAGAAUUCUAGUGAUGUCUCAUCUGGGUACGGAAGCAGUUCUAAUAACAACUGGGGACUUCCAGCGAAAGAAAUUGGCAAUAUUGGUAGGGGAAGAGCAAUGCUCAUUGAAGAAAGACCACAUUCACGCUAUCUCAGGAGGGCACAUUCCUCUGAAAGAUCAGGCUCAUCCCACAGUCAGAGUCAAGGAGUAUCAAGCCAUGUUGAGAGAUGCCAUUCCAUGGAAAUACUCUCAAAACCUAGAGGAGGACUAAUAGAAAACACGAAGGAUUUUUCACCUGCAAAUAGUUAUGGUGAUAUUCCUACCAUAUUUAAAGAAAAGCUUCCCACAAGUUCUGGUUCAAUGGAAAAACAUCUUUCUCCACCUGUGAAAGAUCAAACUUGUUCAAACUAUCUCUGUCCAAUGAAGCCCAGUGUUGGUUUGUUCGACCCGAAGUCCCAAACUAAAACUAUGCAGCAGUGGCUUGGAAAUCUGCAGCUAAAUGCUCAGAUGUCGGAAUCUUCAUAUAACACAGAUAGAGAUUUUCAGUUCCAUCUUGGUAUUCCUCAAGAGACGCUGAAAAAUACGUGGAAUGGCUUAAAAGGCAAUGCACAAUCAACUGCGCUACCGCUGGACACAAGGAAAUACACCCCUGGACUUCCAUGUAAAGUUGAGAAGGCUUUGCCAGAAACUGCAUUUGGUCUUCAUCUGGUACCUGAAGUCAGAAAAAACAUGGCCAGGGAGCCACAACAUGAACACCCAAAACCUGUGUUGCGAAAUAUUGUAUCUCCUCUGAGCGCUCAUAGACUAAAACCAAUCAGACAGAAAACAAAAAAUGCAGUGGUGAGUAUCCUAGAUACUGGAGAAGUGUGUAUGGAAUUUCUAAAAGAAUAUAAUUCAAAAGAGUUUGUAAAAGAAGUCCUGAGGAUAUCGUGUGAUGGAAAUGAGGUUACAAUUUACCACCCAAAUGAAGGACGAGGCAUUCCUUUUAAUGAUAGUCCACCACCGCCGCCUCCUGAAGACUUAAAUGUAUUUGUUUUUGACAACCUGCCAGAGAAAUACUGGAAGAAGUAUCAGUAUGCUGCUAAGUUUGUGCAAUUGGUAAGAUCUAAAACUCCCAAAGUCACCUUCUAUACAAGAUAUGCCAAGUGCAUGUUGAUGGAAAAUUCUCCUCCUGCAGAUGUGGAAAUUUGUUUUUAUGAUGGGGCAAAAAUACAUAAGUCAGCUGGGUUAAUUCGAGUAAUAGAAAAAUCUGGAAGGGCCUAUACCAUAAAAGAAGAAAAUGAAAUUGGAUUAGAGAAGGAUAUAAAAAUCUACGUGGACCAUGCAAAAGAGGGGCAUCGCAUUUGCCUUGCACUGGAAUCUGCCAUUUUGGCAGAAGAAAGAAGUGAAAGUAUCCCAUUUUUCCCCAUUAUUGUUGGACGGAAACCGGGAAAUCCCGAGUCUCCAAAGGCUUUGGUACCACCUGCUGCUUUACCAGAUACAAGCCCUUCUUUUGUGGAUACAGUCUUAGCGAAGAGAGAUACUGCUGCCAGAUCUGAAUCUUCCAGUCAAGCAUCUAAUGUAAAUCCACCUGUGUGUCCAUAUGAAGGAUCUGCAUUCACAGCAGCUACGAUUGAAUCAAAGGUCUCCUCUGGUCACCUAGAAGAUUGUGCUCCAAAUUCUGGUCAACUGCUGAAGUCUAUCUUUGUAAAGAAUGUUGGCUGGGCUUCUCAGCUGACUAGUGGAGCAGUCUGGGUUCAGUUUAAUGAUGGCUCUCAGUUGGUAGCUCAGGCUGGCAUUUCCUCAAUCACAUAUACAUCUCCAGCUGGUGACACAGUUAGGUAUGGAGAAAAUGAGAAAUUGCCAGAAUACAUCAGAGAAAAGCUCCAUUGUUUAUCUUCCAUUCUGAUAAUGUUUACCAAUCCGGUUGGUCCCCACUGACAAACUGUUUGGAUAUGAAGACUUUAAUAAAUAACUUGGUGGUAAUGGAGAAAUUACUACUAUACAUGAAGAAGCAGAGCUUCCUGAACAAAGUCACACUUCUCUUCCUGGCUGGAGUUAACAUAUGAUAACAUUGCUGUGUUCUGCUUAGCUGAACAGUUGUAUAACUUUUAAAAACAUGAUCAGUCAAGUCAAAAUUAUUUGCAUUUUAUAUAAAGGAUUAUAAGAAAUUGCUGUGACCACCAGUUCUCCAGUUACUUUUCAUGAAGGGAAUCUGAAUUGUACGUGUGUGUGUGUGUGUGUGUGUGUUCUCUACUACUCUUUCAACUGUCAACAAGAAGUACAUCUCUGCUGUUGCAGUAAUUGAGCCUGUAAAUAUUUUGUAUUUUACUUUCAACUACAUGUAAAGUGUAUUGUUUUAUAAUUGUUUUAUAUUUUUGUUACUUUUUCUAAUGAAAUAUCCCUGCAAGAGCUUUAAAAAAUAAAUGCAGUGGUAAUUGUUUAGAUCUCUUGCUUUAUUUAACAUAAAUGUUUGGGUAUACUCCAUUAGGAUACUGAUACUGGUUUGAAUAAUAAAACUGUGCUUCUACAGUAGAACUCUUAAGCAUUUGUACACUUAUAUACACUAUGGGAUUUUGGUAUGUUGACUAAA